GGGAAAAAGCGAAACGUCUCUUACCUUUUCUGCCCUUCCAAUCAAAUUGAUGAAAUUUUGGUUUCCCCAAUUUCAGAAAUUUUGCUAAACAAAGCCUUUUUCUUUUCUUCUUCCUCCACUCUUUCUGUAACCAUCGCAGAGUGUUCCCAAUCCCUUGAAUUUAGGUCGGAAGAUCAAAUUUUGGUUCCUCGAAUCGAUCUUCGUUUCCAGAAUCAGAAUGACACUGUGAAGGAUGAAGCGGAAGUCGCUGCAUCGAUUUCGGCGAUGAAAGGUGAAGAAUGGGGAAAUUGUUCUUCAGUGGAGGAUGUCAUGGAACCAUCUUUUCAAGAGGAAGAAGCUGCAAAAGUUCCUUAUGUUGGUGAUAAGGAACCUCUGUCUAGUUUAUCUGCAGAAUAUCAAGCAGGGAGUCCCAUUUUGCUGGAGAAGAUAAAGAUACUGGACAAUCAAUAUAUUGCAAUCAGGAGAACAAGAGGCGAUGGAAAUUGCUUCUUCCGAAGUUUUAUGUUCUCUUACCUUGAGCAUAUUUUGGAAUCGCAAGAUCGUGCUGAAGUUGAUCGUAUCAAGGUCAAUGUUGAGAAAUGUAGAAAGACUCUGCAGAACUUAGGUUAUACAGAUUUUACAUUUGAGGACUUCUUUGCGUUGUUCCUCGAGCAACUAGACGACAUUCUCCAAGGAGGUGAGGAGUCUAUAAGCUAUGAAGAGCUGGUUAACAGAAGUAGAGAUCAGUCUGUCUCUGACUACAUUGUAAUGUUCUUCAGGUUUGUUACUGCUGGUGAAAUUCGAACCCGUGCCGAAUUUUUCGAACCCUUUGUAACAGGAUUGUCGAACUCAACAGUUGAUCAGUUUUGCAAGUCAUCGGUUGAACCAAUGGGGGAAGAGAGUGACCAUAUUCACAUAACCGCUUUGUCAGAUGCGCUCGGUGUUGCAAUCCGGGUCGUGUAUCUUGACCGUAGCUCAUGUGAUAAUGGAGGUGUCACUGUGAACCAUCAUGACUUUGUUCCUGUGGACACUAAAGAGAAAGAAGAAGCUUCUGCUCCUUUUAUAACCUUGUUGUAUCGUCCAGGCCAUUACGAUAUCCUUUACCCCAAGUCAUCUUGCAAGGUAUCAUCGGGCAAUGUGGAAAAUUGAUCAUUUGACGUAUCAUAAAACCCAUUAGGAGAUGUGUACAAAACUGUGGUAAUAUGGAUUCAUGUAGAUGAAAACCAUGGAACAAUCAACAAUUACAUCAUCUCGUUGCUUCUUGAUUGUGAUUAAAAACCCUCUUGCAUCAUUAAAGAAUGGACUCUUUUCUAUUUUACUAUAAAAUUCAUAAUAAUCUUAUUUGUACUGUACCAAAUUGAACCAAAGUUUUUUUUUUUAAAUGGCAUGAUUAAUGUCUCUAAUA